GGUCCGCGGCAGCGGGAUAAAAGCGUACAGCGCGGGAGACGUGACAAAACGCUUCGCUGUUGUUUCUCAGCCAUGUCUGGUCGCGGCAAGGGCGGGAAGGGCCUGGGCAAAGGAGGCGCCAAGCGCCACCGCAAGGUGCUGCGCGACAACAUCCAGGGCAUCACCAAGCCCGCCAUCCGGCGGCUGGCCCGGCGCGGCGGCGUCAAGCGCAUCUCCGGCCUCAUCUACGAGGAGACCCGCGGGGUGCUCAAGGUGUUCCUGGAGAACGUGAUCCGCGACGCCGUCACCUACACGGAGCACGCCAAGCGCAAGACGGUCACGGCCAUGGACGUGGUCUACGCGCUCAAGCGCCAGGGCCGCACCCUCUACGGCUUCGGGGGCUGA